AGGCAGCAAUAACGUGUGGUUUACAUCCGCAUUGACGAGAAGAAGAAGGGUUAGUUUGUUUAUCUACGGGGGCCUGUCAGUAUCCAUUGUCUUAUUUUUCUGCCGUCUCAGCAUUUUAUAAUGUCAAUGGUCUGUGAUCUAUAACCUUCAUCAUGGACAUAAAACAACGGGCCAUUGACAAUCUGAAGGGUCAAGUCGGAAGCGAGUCAUCAGAACCACCUGUACGUCCCAAAGCGUCAGUGUUGAUCCCGCUGUUCGUAAAAAAUGGAGAGUUGUAUGUGUUAUUGACCCUUCGUUCUGAACAGUUGAGGACCAAUGCUGGUGAGGUGUGUUUCCCAGGAGGGAAGAGCGACCCUCAGGAUACAGACGAGAUCCACACAGCCUUGAGAGAGGCGGAGGAGGAGAUAGGCAUACCACCUGAUCAGGUGGAGGUAGUCUGCAGACUACUCGAUCCUAUAGUUAGCAAGGGAGGACUCUUGGUCACUGCGGUCGUGGGAUUCAUAGAUGGGUCAUUUCUUCCACGUCCCAACCCGGCCGAGGUCAGUGAGGUGUUCGCAGUCCCCCUGAACCUGUUCGUCCAGAAGAAGGACCACUCGAUGUUUGGCGCCCCUGGGAUGUUUCUUCACAGUUUCCAGUUUCUUGACUCGGACUCAGGUCGUCAGUAUCGGAUAUAUGGGUUGACGGCCGCUUUUGCGAUAAUAGUUGCUGUUCUUGCUCUCGGUAAAUGGCCGGAGUUUGACAUUGAUCUUGGAAGCGGAUCAUUUGCAGACCGUAUAAAUAGCAGAAUAAAUAGAACAAUGAGUAAAUUAUAAGAUCCUUGAUGGCUGUAAUGGUGCUAAAAGACCGUAUUUAGGCCUCAUUUUAUAUCAUUAUUGUUAAUGUUUGUCUGUAAAACUGUUGGAUCUUUUUCUCAUGACUGAGGUAUUACUCCAAUAGUAUCCAGCUGCAGCCCCGGAGAAAAACACCCUGGCGUGACAGAACACCCAGGCGGGACGGAAGUACUGUGGCUGGACGGAAGUUACCUCCGAUUAUUUUUUUUAUAGACAAAUAAACGUAUUUAUCGCUUGAAUCAACAUAACAUAGAAAUAAAACAAUAUUUCGACACGUUAGUAACCAUUUUUAGAUCUUAAAAAAGGUUUAACGUUAUUUGGACAGAUACCUCAGGAUUUUUUCUUUGCGUUAUUAAACUUAUUAGACCAAAAAAUUAGAAUACAACAAUAUUAUGACAUGUCAGUAAGCAUUUUUAUAGCUUAAUUUUUUUAACGUUAUUUAGACGAAUAAACUGAUUUGGGGUGUAGACAAUUAUUUAAUGGAAUUGUGUAUUAUACACUUUACUCAUUCAGUAAUUGAUCAUUAGAAUUAAGUGAUUUGAAUUAAGUAAUUGUUUUAAUAUGUCUAAUUGAAUCAAAUUAUUAUUUUUUUAAAUAUAUCAUCAUAAUUUGAUAUAAAUAUACAUUGAAGAAUAACCACACCAAAGUUUCCUCACAAUUUAUUUAACAAAUAAUCUACAGAAGCUUAAAGAUAUAGCUUAUUCAUGUUGACUGACAUCAGCUCCAACUCACUGUCAAAAGAAUCAAACAGUCAAAUCAAUGUUAAGCCUAUACAAUAUAUUAUUUGUAUUCUGUCACUGGAAACGUCAUUCACUUCUCUUUUUCGCUUCAGUCUGAGGACUGGUGGAAGUAGUCCAGCCGCCAUUUGUUUGGCCUCCUCCAUGAAGUGUGGGAACCUUCUGCCGUGCCUGUAUAAAUAAAGAGAAAUGAUUGUAGGAAUUAUA